CACGCACAACGGUGCUACUCGUACUUUGGAGAGUUGUUUUUAUCUUUUCGACUGGGUGUUCCAGCAUCGCCUAAAUGAUUAGGCAUCCAGGGCCCACAAAGGAGCUGGGAAAUCUGUGGAGUUGCCUGAUGAAGUAUUAUCCUCUCCCUUAUACGUACUGGUGCUACACUAAGCAAUGGGAAAUCUUCUUUACAGUUACAGUAGAAUGGAGCACAACACCUCUUGUGGGCCGCUUGUCAGUGGGAAAUGCACCCACAUCCAAGCUAGUCCCAGAGAAAGCAAAAUCAGACUCACACUAUUUUGACUUGGCACAUCGCAACAUGGUACUCUGAGAGAUGCUAACAUUUUCUCAAGAUAGGGCAGCAAAACCCGCUGAAUGUUUAAGCAUUGCCACAAAACCGUCGAAAGACAAAACUGUCAAAAUACUCUUCAUACUUGGUGGUUUUUUGUGCCAAAGCUUCUUCUUCCUGGGCAUCGCGAGCAUCAAGCUGGAGGCGUGUAACCAACACUGCCGCGUGCAUAGUUUCGUUCUCACUGCUUUCCCUUUCUGUGAUCUAGCGUAUAUUCACAAGCUUGGCCAGUGUCCUGCCGAUUACAAGGGAACCGGCCAGAUCAUUUGUCUGCCCCAGUUGACAAAUAAUAGCAUAGUUUCUUCUGGCACUCGAGUAUGCCUGUUAAUGUUAAGCAGGCCCGGCUUAAUGACAAGCUGCUGGUUUCAAUCCUCCGGUAGUAAGCCAGCCUACAACACAAGAUUUCCAAGGAACGCCAAUCCAUCAAAUAUAUGAAAAAGUGAGGGAAUGUCGAUGACUUGCAACAGAUGUACAAUUAAUAGGAUAUGAUUACUCCAAAAAAAAAGGAUAUUACUAUUGGUAAAACAGGACCAAAGAUAUUCUAGAUUGCAAAACAUGUUUUUUUAAAUGGAUUCAAACCGUAACACCCUUGUUUCGGCUUUAUGAUUUUAUCUUGUUUUUCUUUGUCGCCUUGUUUUCUCUCGUUUAUCUUUGCUUUUAGUGCCUAUGCUUGGAUCAACUCCACCUUAUUUUCCCCAAUUGACAUACACCCAUUCCCUAGAUACCAUGUCACAAUAUUUCUCCCUCAUUUCCGCCACACUUAAAUGAUUUAUAUUGCCUCUGUACCUCCAGUUACAAAGCA